UGCUCACAUGAAUUCCUCCUGUCUGCUCUGCAGUUCCACCACAGGGACCCUGGUAUCGUGGGUCUGUUGACCAGUGAUCAGGUCCCUGCAGGCCGGACGGUUUACUACGGCAUGAUCGCUGACGGGAUCCACACCAACCCUGCAGCGCUGAGGAUCGCACACAGAGCCCACCCCUCAGGUCUGGUGCUGGUGACGGAUGCGAUCACAGCGAUGGGGCUCCCCCCUGGUCGUCACACUCUGGGUCAGCAGGUCAUCGAGAUCCAGGGUCCCCAUGCCUACGUGGCAGGCACUACGACACUCAGCGGCAGCAUAGCCACGAUGGAUAUGUGUGUGCGGCACUUUAAACAUGCUUCAGGCUGCAGUGUAGAGGAGGCUCUGGAAGCUGCCUCGCUGCAUCCCGCUCAACUCCUGGGUCUCAGCCACAGGAAGGGAAACCUGGACUUUGGGUCGGACGCAGACCUGGUUUUGCUCGAUGAUACCCUCAACGUCAAAGCCACAUUUAUUUCUGGGGAGGAGGUUUGGAGAAAAUGACCAUAGAAGAAGAAGGAGAAUAAGCUGGGACACCGUGGUGCCUUCAGGGAACGCUGUUAAACACACAACUAAAAUUCUGUUGAAUGUUUUAGUUCAUCAGAAAACAUUGUUCUUUAUCCUAGGCUGCUCUACACUAAAAACACGUCAGUUAUGACGUAAAGAUCAGGCGAUUAAUGUCCUUAAAAGGACACUGUACAGAGGAUAAACCUUUUUAAAUAUUGAUAAAUAGGACUUUUCUUAAAACCUCUAGAUAUAAAAAUAUAGAAGUUGUCUCUCCAUAUUUCCUCCAUUCAGAAAUGUUAUUCUGCGUGUGUUUGAGAGUAAUCAUUGCAGUUUUCUAUUAAAACUUUUUUUUUUUAAUCUUUAAUUCAAGUUUCAGCAAUCAAACACUGACUCAGAUUUGAAGUUUAUUCUGACAUUGAGAUUUGAUAAAUGAUAUUGCUUCUGAUGUAAAAUA